AUGGACAAGUACCAGAGGGUGAAGGUGCUGGGGAAGGGCAGCUUUGGCAGCGCCAUCCUCAUCAAGCGCAAGACGGAUGGGCUCCUGUUUGUGGUGAAAGAGGUAGGAAUGAUGAGGAUGAGCAAGAAGGAGCGAGAUGAGGCACGGCACGAGUGCACAGUACUGCAGCAGCUGCAGCACCCCAAUAUCGUCCGCUACGUGGAGCAGUUUGAGAAUAAUAACAACCUCUACAUCGUUAUGGAGUACUGCGACGGUGGUGACUUGGCGGAGAAGGUGAAGCAGAGCCGCGGCCCUAUGAAAGAGUCAAGCAUGCUGUACUACUUUUCACAGAUCUGCCUUGCGAUGGAGUACCUGCACGCUCGCCACAUCCUGCACCGCGACAUCAAAACAAUGAACGUCUUCCUCAUGAAAAACGGAGCGGUGAAGCUCGGCGACUUUGGCAUAUCGACGGUGUUGCGCACGACAAUGGGGAUGGCCAACACCGUGUGCGGCACUCCCUAUUACUUCUCUCCUGAGCUCUGCCGCAACCGUCCGUACAACAACAAGAGCGACAUCUGGGCUCUCGGCGUGUUGCUGUACGAAUGUGCCACCGGUGGACGCCACCCAUUUGACGGCACCAGCAUGAACCAGCUCAUGCAACGCAUUGUACAGGGGCACUACGUUCCUCUCUCCAGCCAGUACUCCUCAGACUUUCGCAAGAUGGUUGACUGGUGCCUCCAGAAGGACCCAGCUAAGCGGCCUAGUAUCAAGCAGACACUCGCUCUCCCGCUAAUGCGCAGCUCUCUCGAGCAACUAGAGGAGAACUUGAUGCUUGCUACUCAGUGCCGAGUGCGCCUGAAGGACAUCAUCGACUUCGAAUCUGCUAUGGAUCAGGAGGAGCGCAAAGGAAACUCCCCACAGCCUUCUCCAAAGCCUUCCCCUCACGUAGUCGCCAAGGAUGGGGUAUCGCCAGGUCAGGCGGCUGCGCUCGCCAUGGCGCAUCACCGCAUAUCCACGCCAUCGCAACAGCCGUCGCAGCCGCCAAUGCCAUCCCCAGGAUGCGGCGGCACGCCGGCGGUGGUGGGGCCAAAGCCGUCUGCUCCUGUCCAGCGAAGCCCCUCUGCGAGUCCACGGCAAGACAACGGCCUUCACUACUUCUACAGUCCCUACCUGAAGAAACCCAUCGUCAGCCCUUUGCUGCCGGGUGGUGGCGCCAGGCCCGCCCCAGCGGAUGUCCCGAACGGUGUUAUUCCCCCGCCCCCAGCUCCACGUCCCCUUGAGGAGCCGCAUCACAUACCUCCGAUGCGCAACAACGUCAACCUCGGCGGUGGCGGUGCUGAGGAUCGGCGGGAUCUUGAGGCUGGUGGUGCUCCAGCAGCAGCAGCAGCAGCAGCAGCAGCAGCAGUGACCCCUGGGCCCUCUCCCAAUGCCGCGGACGUCUUUCACGCUGAUAUGCGCCGUGUAGACGCCAUCAUCGCCCGGUACGGCCGCAACACGGACGAGAAGGCGAAAGAGACGAUCCACGCCUACAUGCGUCGCAAGCACGAGGCGUACCUGAAGCGGCAGAAAGAGGAGCUUGAGGUCCGCGAGCGGCGGAACAAGAUGCGCAAAGAUGAGCUUCGCCGCGUCCUAGAGAAUCAGCGGAUGGCCGCCACGCCUCUCCACAAUAACGAUCACCGCAGCAGUCCUCAGCUGAACAACAUGAACGCGAACGGGUACGCCGAUGAUCGCUCGCCACGCAGAGGCGCUCCGCAGUCCCGUGCCAAGCCGGAGAAUCUGCAACGACCCUCCCGCUCCCCGCCAUCAUCUCCGUCACAGGCCAAGGAGUUCGUCUUGGCUCACACACCGACCAGCGCCGAAGCACCUGUCUUUGGCCGUGACCCGCGUCGUGGUGCUCCUCCAGGAGAGCCUGUGAGCCGCCCCACGACACCGCAGCGGCAGUGCUUGCCACCGCAGACGCGUAGUUCAGUGCCAGCCUUCCCGCAUGGGGAUCCUGUGGCGAGGAAGCCGCUGCGAAGAGUUUUGUGCGCGGCGAACUCGCCACAGCAGGUGCUCCCUGUCCAGCAGCGCCGCUCUGAGACAAAGGAGGCACGUCGCGCCGUCACGCCCGGUCCACUGCGCACCCCGUCGGCGCGGCUUGGCAUCCCGCGUGGCGCCGCUAUCGACAUCGACUGUCGGUCUUCAGCGAACUCAAAACCGGAGCCACCCUAUCGAGGCCGAAAGGCGCCGCUCUCUGCCGGCCUUGGCGGUGGCAUCGACGGCCACCGGAUGAUGCUGCAGCCCAGUCAACAGCAACCGCCACAACCCCGGCGGCAUACGGAAGAGGAGCAGCUGCUUGCACCUCGCGACAGGCGCGAACAGCGUGCGCUUGACGACGCUGUGGUUGCGCGCCGCCCCUCCGCCCUUUACCCCAUCUCAGGCGACGCUCGUGGGCACCGCACACCCUGUCAGGCUGCGCAGCCGCAGCCGCUGAACGAGCGAGAGUUGCUUAGCAAGGGCGUACCUGGGGCCGCUGCGGCAGAGCGCGCCCCCCCGAGUGUUGGUGGUAACCCCCGUCUUCAACGACCGAGUCGUGCGCUGCAGGGGUACUUGAAGCCCCUCAACGGGCGCGGCGAGGAUGGCUUGUCGCCUUUGACGAGUCCGAUCUCUGGUCAGAGCCCCAGAGAGGGUGCUGCUGGAGCGGAGCACGGCCACAGGGGUUCCUCUGGCGUGUCACCUUCUGCAAGGCCGAAGCAGCUUCCCAGUGCUGGCAACGCAAACCUGCCAUCGGCGGUCCAGUUGGAGCUGGUCGACAUCCCCCGUGCCGCAGCUCCGUCCCCGAAGACGCCGGUGAACUCUUCUGCCCUAGUUGGGGAGACGCUUCGUGCACUUCGUCGCCACAAGAUGCAGGGUGGCGCACCGGCACCUCCUUCGCCAUCCGUUGUGGCGGCUGAGGUGAAGGACCUGCCAGCGCUCAACUUCGCUUCUCCUGAGCUUGAGCGUGGGGUACGUCGCAGCCAACACCGAUAUCACUCGGAAGAAGCCGCCGUGCGCCGCGGCAUGAUGCGUGAGCAAGCCUCUCGCGACGACGAACGCUUCUUGACGGAUGAGUACCGCAAGCAGCACCACUCAGAGGAGUCCGCCGUGCCCAAUACGCUGGAGGUGUUGCGCAAUUUGCGUAUGCAGCAAGACCAGGCCAUGGAGGCGGAAGGCGGGGCCCGGGAAGAGGCGAAUCCUGGAGGGCAGCUGGCGCUACUGAAGCAGCGGCAGCGAAUGCAACAUCGGCCACGGCAAAGCUCGGCGUCUUCAUGCGCGUCGGUUGCGCUGACACCGCCGCUAAUGACACGAGCCGCGGAGGCCGUGUCGCCUCCCAAAUCGGAGGCACUUUCCUUUCACGACAGGAAGGCUCGGGGGUCUCGCGACAAAGCAGCAGCCCGACCGUCCGCGGCGCACGUGACGGCACUUUCGUUGGGUGGCGUUAAUCGCAUCGCCGCUCCAUCGCAGGCAGCGCUGCCAUCCGCCUAUGUUGGCGCACCGCCGUCGCCUAAGCCAUCAACAGGUGGCGGGGGCGGCGUUCAGAGCUCGAUGGAUGGGUAUGCGGAGAUGUUGCAGCACCUGAAAGAUCUCCUCCAGCGCCGGCGCUGCUCACGUGCCGGCGGUGGUAGCGCCCCUAUUUCGCCAAAUACUGCUGACUCGGCGCAACCUGCGAUGCAUCGCCAGGGUGACCCGGUAGCGCGGUCGCCAGUGCCGAUCCAGAAGCGAGAACUGCCUCCACCACUGAAUCCCAUGCCGUUUGACGGCGAUGUCAUCAGUGGCACGAACGGCAGCGAUGACGCUGGCGUUCUCUUGUCCCCACCGCACCUGAAGGAAACGAGACCGCUGCACCCUCAGCGAGCCUCUCUUCCUGCCCUGAAGAUCCGGUUAAGCGGAAAUGCGGAGGAAGAGGACGAGGAGGAGGACGAUGACUUUGAAGAUGCCGUCCCGCUGUCGCCAGUGCGAUGUGCUGAGCUCAACGACGCCUAUGCCCGCCAGCAGGACCAGCAGCCCCAGAAAUCACAUCGUGCAUCGGAGGACGUGUACACGAAUGUUGUGGACUUGACAUCGGCUACGAUGGAAGAAGAAUUGGAGGGCGAGGAGGGCUACACGGGCUACGACAAGCUGCCAUAUUCGAACGAGCUGCUCAAGGGCCUCCAGUCCUGA